GACCAGCGCCUGAAGCACUUCAUUGAGCGCUACGAGUCCUUCGAGGACCCGACGGGCCGGAUCCAGAAAUUCCACUACGGCACGCAUUACUCAUCAGGCAGCCUCCUGUCGCCUACUAUCUUUUGCGCCUGGAGCCCUUUGCUUCCGUCCACGUGUCUCUGCAGAGCGGAAAGUUCGAUCACGCUGACCGCCAGUUCCAUUCGCUGGCCGAUGCCUGGCAGUCGUGUAUGACCGGUCCUGGCGACGUGAAGGAGCUGGUUCCCGAGUUCUUCUACCUGCCCGAGUUCCUGACCAACCAGGGCAACCUGGAUCUGGGCACAAAGCAGGACGGGACACGGCUGAAUGACGUUGUCCUGCCGCCGUGGGCGUCAACACCCGAGGAGUUCGUGCGCAUCAACCGCCAGGCGCUCGAGUCCGAGCACGUGUCUAGCAAUCUGCACAAAUGGGUGGAUCUGAUUUUUGGCUACAAGCAGCGCGGCGAGGAGGCAGUCAAGGCCCACAAUGUCUUCUACUACCUGACAUAUGAGGGUGCAGUGAACCUGGAUGCAAUCACUGACCCAGUUGAGCGCGCCAGCGUUGAAAGCCAGAUCAAUUAUUUUGGCCAGACACCGACCCAGCUGUUCACAGCGCCGCAUCCCCCGCGUCACGCCAAUCUGCCGCGCCCGCUGUACUCGCCGUUGACCGAGCCGUCUGGUCCACGUGCAGCACUUUGUUCUGCAAGCAUCUAGCCAUGACAUUACCUUUAUCGGCAGUGCAGUCAAAUCCCCAGUGACAGGCUCUUCGGUCCCCUGGCCUGCUAUCCAGUCGCCCCCGCCACCGCAGAAACCACAGCUAGCAACCAGCAAUGCACCAGCUCUGGGCAGCAAUGGCAAGCGCGGGGU